AGCGCAACAAAGGGAAAGAGAACCCGGGAGCCUCGCAGCUUGAGCAGAGGCCGGGCGCCGGGGCCAGACGCGCGCGGGACCCCCCGCCCCUCCGUGCACUCACCGCGUCUCUCUCUCUCCCUCUUACCCUAGUCCUGGAAGGGAUGGAGGAGGCCGGGGCCGACUGCGCCCUGGCGUUCGCCGAGGCCCAGAGAUGGGUGGAGGCAGUAACAGAGAAGAAUUUUGAGACAAAGGAUUUUCGAGCUUCUCUAGAGAAUGGUGUUCUGUUGUGUGAUUUGAUUAAUAAACUUAAACCUGGUGUCAUUAAGAAGAUUAAUAGACUGUCCACACCAAUAGCAGGUUUGGAUAAUAUAAACGUUUUUUUGAAAGCUUGUGAACAGAUUGGAUUGAAAGAAGCCCAGCUUUUCCAUCCUGGGGAUCUACAGGAUUUAUCAAACCGAGUCACUGUCAGGCAAGAAGAGACUGAUAGGAGAGUGAAAAAUGUUUUGAUAACAUUGUACUGGUUGGGAAGAAAAGCACAAAGUAACCCCUACUAUAAUGGACCCUAUCUUAAUUUGAAAGCAUUUGAGAAUCUUUUAGGACAAGCUCUGACUAAGGCUCUUGAAGACUCCAGGUGCCUGAAAAGGAGUGGCAGGGACAGUGGUUACGGUGAUAUCUGGUGUGCUGAACGUGGAGAAUUUCCUACUCCUCCAGGCAACCAUAAGAGAGAAGAUUCGUUUGAAAGCUUGGACUCUUUGGGGUCUAGGUCAUUCACAAGCUGCUCCUCUGAUAUCACGCUGAGAGGGGGACGUGAGGGUUGCGAAAGCGACACAGAUUCUGAAUUUCCAUCCAAGAUGCAGGAUUAUAAUAAAGACGAUAUGUCCUAUCGAAGGAUUUCAGCUAUUGAACCAAAAUCUGCUUUACCAUUCAAUCGUUUUUUACCCAACAAAAGUAGACAGCCAUCCUAUGUGCCAGCGCCGUUGAGGAAGAAAAAGCCGGACAAAUACGAGGAUAACAGAAGAAGUUGGGCAAGCCCGGUCUAUACAGAAGCGGAUGGAACAUUUCCAAGUGGACACACAGAGAAUCCUUUAAUUUCCCAUCAAAUUAGCAAAGCAGAGUGGGAUUUUUCCAAUGCAGCUUCCUGUCAGAAGGAGGUAUACGGUUCUGAAAGUGGUUCGGACUCCGAGGAUGAACGAAGGUUGCCUGAUGUAGUUUUGGAUGACUUAGCCAACCGUAGAUUCCAAGUGAAAAAGAGGCCUGAGUGUUUCAUCUCGAAAACCACCUCUCCUAGCUCUUAUUCGCAAAGGUUUUCUCCUGCUGACCCAUUAGCCACUGGGCUGUACGAGUUGACGAGUAAUGAGAGGAGAACUUGGGGUACCAAUGUGGAGAAUUGGCCAACAGUACAAGAAACUUCAAACUCCUCUUGUUACUUGGAAGAGAAAGAAGCAAAGACAAGUACACCCAACACCGUAAAGGAUGAUCUUUAUGUGCGAAAGCUAAGUCCAAUCAUGCCAAACCCAGGGCAUGCUUUUGAUCAGUUUCUUCCCAAAUGUUGGAUCCCAGAAGAUGUGAACUGGAAAAGAAUAAAAAGAGAAACUUACAAACCAUGGUAUAAAGAAUUUCAGGGAUUCAGUAGGAGGAAUUCAGAUUCUGAGGAUGAGGAUUCAGGCUCUCACAGAAGCUCCUCCAUUUUUAGUAGAAUCCAAAAAGCAAAGCGUAGGCUAGACAGCAACUGCCAAAGACGUUCACUCUUGCUGGAACUGGCUACCAGAGGGGCCAAGAACUCCUGGGACACCCAUGCAGCCAGGAGAGCCAGUGGUGCCGCGGACGAGCCCAGUCAGUUUUUAUUACUUCAGGCCCUCCAAACAUAUUCUGAUGACAUCUUGUCUUCUGAAACAAAUACCAAAAUUGAUCCCACUGCCGGCCCCAGGCUCAUAACACGCAGAAAGAAUCUCUUUUCUGCACCAGGGUAUAAAAGAGAUGACCUCGAGAUGUCAACCCUAGACCCUGAUUUAGAGAAUGAUGAUUUCUUUGUCAGAAAGACUGGCGCUUUCCAUGCAAAUCCGUAUGUUCUCCGGGCUUUCGAAGAUCUUAGAAGGUUUUCUGAGCAAGAUGAUCCUGUCGAGCGAGAUAUAAUUCUGCAGUAUAGAGAAGGUGAACUUGUACUUCCGGAUCUAGAAAAAGAUGAUAUGGUUGUUCGCCGACUUCCAGCACAGAAAAAAGAGGUGCCUCUGUCAGGGGCCCCAGACAGAUACCAGCCAGUUCCUUUCCCUGAACCCUGGACUCUUCCUCCAGAAAUUCAAGCCAAGUUUCUGUGUGUACUUGAAAGAACACGCCCAUCCAAAGAGAAAAGAAAGAGCUGUAGAGUGUUAGUGCCUUCCUACCGGCAGAAGAAAGAUGACCUGUUGACUCGCAAGAUCCAGUCCUGGCAGCUGGGGACGACCGUGCCUCCCGUCAGCUUCAUCCCUGGCCCCUGCAGUGAGGCAGACCUGCAGAGGUGGGAAGCCAUCCGGGAGGCCAGCAGACUUAGGCACAAGAAACGGCUCAUGGUCGAGAGACUCUUUCAAAAGAUUUAUGGUGAGAAUGGGAGCAAGUCCAUGAGUGAUGUCAGCGCAGACGAUGUUCAGAACUUGCGUCAGCUGCGUUACGAGGAGAUGCAGAAAAUAAAAUCACAAUUAAAAGAACAAGAUCAGAAAUGGCAAGAUGACCUUGCAAAAUGGAAAGAUCGUCGAAAAAGCUACACUUCAGAUCUGCAGAAGAAAAAAGAAGAGAGGGAAGAAAUUGAAAAGCAGGCACUUGAGAAGUCUGAGAGAAGCUCUAAGACAUUUAAGGAAAUGCUGCAGGACAGGGAAUCCCGAAAUCAAACAUCUGCAGUUGUAUCAAGAAGGAGGUUGCAUUCUUCUGAUGAUAUCUUGCAUGAAGAAAAGCUUUCCCCUAGACUGACCACGUCAGAAGCAAGUUACCAGAGUGAAAGAGUAGAAGAGAAGGAAACAACGCAUUCUGCAGAAGUUCCUAAGCAAGAUUCUACAACUUUUGCAAAAAGAGAGGACGCUGCAGCAGCUGAAAUUCAGCUUUCUUCUCAGAGCCCCAUGGAAGAACAACACCCAGACGCUUUGUCUUCUCAGCAUUCACCGAGUACACAAACCGAGUCGACUCGAAUUUCAGCCUCUCUCCCCAGAAGUUACCAGAAAACUGAUACAGCCAGGUUAACAUCUGUGGUCACGCCUAGACCUUUUGGCUCUCAGGCAAGGGGAAUCUCAUCACUCCCGAGAUCCUACACGAUGGAUGAUGGCUGGAAGUAUAACGGAGAUGUCGAAUAUGUGAAGAGAACUCAGAGCAGUUUGGUCAGCACCUCUGUGCACAAACCUGACAUGAGCCAGCUUGCUACCAGCAAGUCCAGUGAGAGAGAGGGAGUAGCGGUGGGAGAAGGUGUGAUGCAGCUGCCCUCCCCUACCCCCUCCUUCUCAUCGCUUUCCCAGGAAGAGGCUGCCACUUCUAAAGCCACACUGUCUUCACCAUCUGGCCCUGACUUAAUGUCUGAGCUUGGAGAAGGGGGAAGCUCACCACAGACAGAGGUCUCCAGAUCCUCACAGGAUCAGUUCAGUGAUAUGAGAAUCAGCAUACACCAGACGCCUGGGAGCGGUCUUGACUUUGGGUUUACAGUAAAAUGGGUGUUUUCUGGGAUCUUCGUUGCGUCAAUUGAAGCAGGUAGCCCAGCAGAAUUUUCUCAGCUACAGGUAGAUGAUGAAAUUAUUGCUGUUAACAAUAUCAAGUUUUCAUAUAAGGACACAAAAGAGUGGGAGGCGACCAUGGCUAAUGCUCAAGAAACUGGAAACCUAGUAAUGGAUAUCAGGCGCUAUGGAAAGUCUGACUGGGGCAGAGACCAACCUUCCCUGCCAUUUACACGGCAUAAAACCCUCAAUCUCACCAGUAUGGCUACCAAAAUUAUAGGUUCACCUGAAACAAAGUGGAUUGAUACAACUUCUGGAAUUUACAACUCAGACAAAUCUUCAAAUCUGUCAGUAACGACUGAUUUCUCGGAAAGCCUCCAGCAUUCUAAUACUGAAUCCAAGGAAAUAAAUGGAAUUUGUGAUGAAAGUAAUACUUUUGAAUCAAAAGGGUCGUCAGGCUUUUCUUACAGUUCAUGGGUCUACCUCUGUGGAAGCUCCGAUUCUGUGGUUCCUGAUCUUCCAGUUCCAACCCUCAGUGCCCCGAGUCGCUGGGCAUGGGAUCAAGAGGAGGAGCGGAAGCGGCAGGAGCGGUGGCAGAAGGAGCAGGACCGCCUUCUGCAGGAAAAAUAUCAACGUGAGCAGGAGAAACUCAGGGAAGAGUGGCAAAGGGCUAAGCAGGAAGCUGAGAGAGAGAAUUACAAGUACUUGAAUGAGGAACUGAUGGUCCUGAACUCAAACAGCAUUUCUCUGACUGCACGGGAGCCUGCCGUUGCCAGCUGGGAAGCCACCUGGGGUGAGGGGUCCAAGUCCUCUGACCGGGAAGGAACCCGAGCAGGAGAAGAGGAGAGGAGCCAGCAGCAAAAGGAGGGUGCGGAUGAGGACCAGAGAAAGAAGCUGCAGGAGCAACUAACUCUUGAGAAAGAGAGGACACCAGAGGAGCCACAGUAUCAGGAAGGGCAGGAGCAGAAGAGGCAUCCGGCGGAGGCCGCGGAGCGCAAGCACCAGGCAGAGAGAGAGAGGGAAACUUCAGUCAGAAUAUACCAGUAUAGAAGGCCAAUUGAUUCCUAUGAUCUACCAAAGAGAGAGGAAAAAUCCCCAGGGUUGCUUCCUAGUGACAGGAAUAAAUCCAGAUCCACUACUGAACUGGAUGAUUACCCUACAAAUAAAAAUGGAAGCAGUAAAUAUUUAGACAGAAUUGGGAGCAUUAGCUCAUCACAGAGGAGCUCCAAGAAGGAACAGGUGCCGUCAGAAGCAGAGUUAGAGAGACAGCAAAUCCUUCAAGAAAUGAGGAAGAGAACAUCUCUUCACAAUGACAACAGCUGGAUCCGACAGCGCAGUUCCAGUGUCAACAAGGAGCCCAUUUGUCUGCCUGGGAUUAUGAGAAGAGGUGAAUCUCUAGAUAACCUGGAUUCCCCAAGAUCCAAUUCCUGGAAACCAUCCCCUUGGCUCAAUCAGUCUUCAGGAGUCCAUGCUUCCUCCUCUGUUCAAGACUUCAGUCGCCCACCACCUCAGCUGGUGUCCACGUCAAACCGUGCCUACAUGCGGAAUCCAUCCUCCAGCGUUCCCCCUCCUUCCACUGGUUCUGUGAAGACCACCACCGCGCCUUCUCCCACACCACGCAGCCAUUCUCCUUCAGCAUCACAGCUGGGUUCCCAGCUACGCAACAGGUCAGUCAGUGGGAAGCGCAUGUGCUCCUACUGUAAUAACAUUCUGGGCAAAGGAGCUGCCAUGAUCAUCGAGUCCCUGGGUCUUUGUUAUCAUUUGCAUUGUUUUAAGUGCAUUGCCUGUGAACGUGACCUCGGAGGCUCCUCCUCAGGAGCUGAAGUCAGAAUCAGAAACCACCAACUGUACUGCAAUGACUGCUAUCUCAGAUACAAAUCUGGACGGCCAACCGCCAUGUGAUGUAAGCCUCCCUGCGAAAGCACUGUUGCAGAUAGAAGAAGAGGUGGUUGCUGCUGAUGUAGAUCUAUAAAUACAUGUUGGAUUUCUUUUGUGCUCUUUUUUAAAAAGGAUAACACUUUUUUUUUUUUUUUUUUUUGCCUCUCUAGAUUACAUCAGAGCAUUAUAGUCUUGGUAGAACGUGUAUUUUUGUUGUUGUUGUUUAUUUAUAAGAAGGUAAUUCUGUAUGGGGGGAAAAGUGCAGUAUUUACUUUUUGAAGUCAGCAUCUUAAAAAGCACAAGGGAAAAAUAAGAACUUCAAGAUAUUUUUGGCGCUGAUAAUGAUCUAGUUUGACUUUCUAGUGGUGUUUUGAAGAGGGUUAUUUUAUUGUUUCUUUUUUAAAAAGGUUCUGAAACAUUAUUUGAAAUAGUUAAUAUAAAUAUAUGAUUGCAUUUGCUGUUUAUUGUAAUGUAUACUAAAUUAAUACAGAACCGUAUAGAAAAUGUCACUAAAAUCUACCCACAAAUUUGCCUUCUGUAUCCUUCUUUUCAUCUAUGUAAUAUUGUGCUUUUUUUUUUUUAAGAAAAACUUUUAGCAUACGUGACAUUUUAUUUGCUUGAUGAAGAGAUCUCUAUUUUCUUCAGAAUUGUCGCUAAGCAGUUCUCAAUAGAAAGCUGCUGUUUUUCAUUAAUACAAAAUCAUCAGGGUUUGUAUACCAAAAGUUUUCUCCAGGAACUAACAAGCCUUUCUGUUCAUUGCAUUUGUAAAUAAACUUGCUGUUGCAUUAA